AUCAUCAAUCCAAUUAUCUGGAUAAUUGAGGACGAAUAGGUAUGGAACGCAACAGAGCCAUGGCUUGGGAAGUGUUUCGGAUCACCGUUGCUCAGAAUCACCACUGACCUGGCAGUCACUCCAAGGUCCAAACCCCUUUAUCCGGCACCCAGAGCCCAAAGGACCCUUCUCUCCCAAGCAGCUGCCUUGUCCUCCACUUCACCUUCAGUCAGCGCCCUUAGUCUUGGUCGAGUUUCUAAAAAAGCUCCUUUUUAGUCAUUAAGGGUUUUUUACCUUCCAGAUCGUUGGAUAUAAUCCACUUUUGCUCAUAAAGAGAGACGUUUUCCCAAACUGACUAAAAGCAGGUGGCUGAACAGUAUGAACUCAGUCAUGAAGCCCCUUCCAUUCUUUAUAAAUAGACAGAGUCGGCGGAGUUUGUCGUCCAGGACAAGCCACCUCAGCCUUAUGACAGACUGGUGCCUCAUGAGCGUCCUAGGCCUCAUUCUGCUCUUCAGUCUAGCCUCGAGCCAGAAGAUGGAUCCUUCUAAACACCCUAUCGUGACCACUAACUAUGGGAAGCUCAGAGGCAUCAAGAAGGACUUGAACAAUGAGAUUCUUGGCCCUGUGGAGCAGUACCUGGGUGUGCCCUACGCCACGGCGCCCAUCGGCGAUCGCCGCUUUCAGCCACCUGAGGCCCCGGGAUCCUGGCAGGAGAUCCGCAACGCCACCCUCUUUGCCCCUGUGUGCCCUCAAAAUGUUCACGGUGUACUGCCGGAGAUAAUGCUGCCCGUGUGGUUCACAGACAACCUGGACGUGGCGGCCGGUUACAUCCAGAACCAGAGCGAGGACUGCCUCUACCUCAAUGUCUAUGUGCCCACGGAGGAUG